AUGAGUAUUCAUUCAAUUUAAGAAAAAUAAAGGAAAUAGGCAAUAUACAUUACCUACAAAUUAGAAAAUGUAGAUUGUUUAGUAUAAUUGGAAUUAAUGUCUAAGAAGGUCAAUUUUCUAAAUUUUUCAUAAUCUUAUUUAAGAUUGGAAACUCCUUUUAAAUAUUUUGGGAUUGAAUAUUAAGAGAGUGGUUUUAUAACAAUUCCAAUUUUUGUUUAGAUAUUGAAUUAGGCCUAAAAAAAUCCUAUUAAAGGGGCAUCAAAUGAUGUAAUUAAUUAACUAAUUGAUGAUUUUGAGUCCAUAGAAGAGGAUCUAAAUUAAAGAUUGGUUCAUCUUUUUAAACUUUCAAACAAUCCUGAAUUUUCUGAUGAUAAAUCUAUCAAAGAAAAUGAUCGACUAUUAAUGAGUAAGAUUAGAGAAAUUGAUUAAUCGAUUUCUGAUAAUUAUAAAUAUAGAAAUUAGAAUUGGUAAUUACUUUAUGUUGUUGAAACAACAGCAAAAAUAAUUUGGAAUGGAGAAGAAAAAAAAAUAAUAAAAUUAGGGAAAACAAAUAAGUCUAUUUAAGAUUAUGUUUUAAAAUUAAGAAAAUAAUAUUAAGGAAAAAUAGAAUUUAGACCUUUAUUUGCUUAGAGAUUAUAUACUCCAUAAAACAAUUUAGUUGAUAAAAUAUUCUUUCAUAAUGAAUUAUUAAAAUCUAUACCUGAUUCAAAAGUAUAUCUAAAAGCAGAGGAAAAUUAAAGUUCAUAAAUUCAUUAUGAGUUUUACUUUUUAACAAAUGAAUUUGUGAAUAAUUUUGAGAAAUGCUUAAAAAAAUUUAUUGAAAAAAAUAAAUAAGAAUAUGAUUAAGUACUUGAUUAAAGUAAUGAUAAAGAUGAUAAUCAAGGAGAAUAAACAUUAGAUUUACUUUAAGAUAUUUAAAUCUCAUCCAAAGAGACUUUUGAAUAAAAAUAAUAAGAAUAAGAAACUUUAAAAAAUAAUUUGCAAGAGAUUUCAUCAAUACAAAGUAAAGAACAAGAAUCAAUAAAUCUAAUCCUUUAAUCAGAUAAUUAAAAUGAAGAAUAAACUAUAAAUGAACCAUCUGAGAUUAGCAAAUCACUUGAUGAGACUUCUUUUGAAUUUUUUGAUAAGGAUCCAAUUUUAAAUCAAAAUUUAUUGGGUAUUCCUGUAAAUUAUUAAAUAUCUGAAGAAAGUUAAGAAAUACUUUAUGAGGCAUCAAAAAUGAUUAAUAUUGAAAAUAACUAUUUGAAAGCAUUGUUAUAUAUAGCAGCAGCAAAAAGAGAAAUGAAAAAUGAAAAAUGA